CCUCACCUCAGAAGCCCCGCCCAUGGCUACGCGGCCUACCAGAAAUUCUGCUCCAACAUUAUGCUUGAAGCCGAGGACCAAAUGUUUCUCAAUUAGAACCCUGACAACUCCAAAUGGACCUCCUAUGGUCCCCGGAUGAUCCAGUCGCUCCGUGCGAGCAAACGCUGUACCUAUGCAACGACCUCUGGGAUGGCGGGAGCUUUCGCCAUUAUGCUACUCGCAAAGAUAAAUGUGACUGGUUUCCCUGGUCACAAGAAGUGUUCGGAUUACCACCUGCCUCUAUGAAAAGAAUACACGAGCCAGCAGGAGGAGCGGAAGUCUCAGAGUUUCUCCAGACGUGGUUCUUUUUUGGCGUGAUUGCCGAGUUCUUAGCGUUGAAUGAAAUGGAAGACGGAGAGACGUUUCUGGACGCUCAGCAACGCAAAAAUGAGAUUGAAUCUAUACACCAACAAUUCACCAUCCACCAAGGCGGACAAACAUAUUUGACAGGGUUGCCUAUUCUCGGUAUGAAGGACCUGAUUUGGGAACGAGCCAAACUGGCCCCCGUCCUGUACGACCGACUCGUCUAUCUUGGAAAUGUUUUGCAUAUUGUUUGCAGCAUUAUGGGCGAUCUUCAAGUCGACAUAGCAUUUGAGAUUAGGUUCUCUAUUGCUUCAUUAGGCGAAAUCCUGAGCACUUCUCUCCGCGUGGGCACAAAUCUAAUGCAGCCGCCUAUCCAGCUUCCUCCCGUUGGGUACAAUUGGUACAACAAAUUUAUCGAAGCUGGAAGUCAGCUUGAAAGCGACAUGAUUAAACGAGGCUGGUGCCCCAGUGAGAUUGAGUACAUGCGAGCCGAAUUUAGGCGCCUCAACACUCUCAACUAUCUGAGUCAGAUGCAGCGAUCAACAGGACGUGCGCAUGGAAACCAUUCGGCCUGUACUAUUCAUUGCUGCAAAGCGUUUUAUAUUGACACCGAAACUUACAAACCGAAACAUGUUGAACCCAAUUGCGCUUGCGGCGAUGCGAUUGUUGAUGCUGAUAUGAUUGUCGACAUUCUUCAAAAGACUUCUUCGUUUCCAGUUUUGAGGAUGAAAUUUGAUGGCUUGUCGCUCGGCUCACUAGAUAUUCAGGUAGAGACAUAUUCGGCUGAUGUCGAAUAUAUUGCCCUGUCUCAUGUGUGGGCCGACGGUCUUGGUAAUCCGAGAGGAAAUGUACUCCCAAAGUGCCAAUUAGCGAGAUUAGCAAUGCUCAUUGAUGCCAUCAAUCAAAGCACUGGAAGACGACCCGACAAUCGAUACGCCUUUUGGAUCGACACACUUUGCUGCCCAGUAACACUGGGGCCAAAGUUGAUUGCGCUACAAAGGAUUGCAGAUGUAUAUCGCAACGCGACGCACGUUUUGGUACUUGAUGAAUCUUUAACAAUGUAUAAACCUCAAGAAACAGCACCUGCAGAGCUACUGAUACGACUGUUUGGAUGUUCACCAUGGCCUAGGCGACUUUGGACCCUGCAAGAAGCUGCUCUGGCGAAGAGUCUCUACAUCCAGUUCAACGGCGAGGCGGUUCCUUUGACUACCCUCCUAGUAAAACUUUGGCAGAUGGGACUUCAAGAUGUCCGAUUAAUGUGUAUAUGCAACGAUAUGAUGGAUGAAUACAAUCAAAUGCAGUGCUUUUCACAACCAGAGACCGAUGGCGUGCGGGUACGACCUGCUGCAGACAUGUGGCAACUACAGCGGGCUCUAAAUUUUCGGACAGUCACUAUGCCUUCUGAUGAAGCUCUUUGCAUUGCUACCCUCUUGGGGUUUGAUCAGACAAAGGUUGCAAUACCCGAAGGCAGUCAAACUAGAAUGGCUGCGCUCUGGAAGAUGAUGGUCGAAACUCGAGAAGAUAUUACAUCAUUCUUAAUCUUGUUGUUGGAAGAUACACUAGACAUCAUAGGUUUCCGUUGGGCUCCUAGGACUUUUCUUAGUUCUUUGGUCCAUGAUCCCUUUUUGAAACAUGAAUCUCGUGUAGCGCGAUUCCCAUUAGGCUCUACCGUACCAGGCAAGCCAACGCAUGAGCGUGCUCAUCUCACACCUUUUGGUUUGGAAGUCAAGCUUGGGGGCUUCUACUUGACACCCCAACCACAUGUUCUGGGUCAAAGCCUAAAUCCAUGGUCAGAUCUAUUGUACCCCUCUGAAGAUGAGAUCUUUUUCUUCCACGAAGAACGCAACACAUGGUAUAGAGUGCUUGAUCAAUACCGGUCGUACAAACUGUCGACCUGGACUCCGAGUGAAAAGAAGGCUUACGACAGAGAGCAGAAUAAUCCAUUGAGUCGCAGCAUCCAGACAGGAAGUUGCGUCUUGUUGGUGGACUAUCAUGAUGAAACUACAACGCAGUUUUUGGCGUGCAUGGGCCAAGUUGUAAACGCAUCGACGCUCAACCAGAGAGAUCUUGUCAGAAACCCACUUGGUGAUACCAUUGUCAUCCACAGGGAACGUACAGUUCAGGUCUCAAUUCUACCAAUGGAAGAAGUGACGUUGUACACUGCAGUUCGACAGGUUGCGAAAAAGGCUGCGUCUCACGUACUCACGGCAGAGAUGGCAAUGCUAGCCCCAGACGACACUGACGCCUGGAAGACGAAGAACGCUCAGAUUAAAGCUCUGCUCUUGGAACUUAUGAAGGAGGCUUUGGCGAGCGAUCCAGACUUGGAAAGGAUCGCAUUGGAACGUUUUGGUGAGGACAUUGGCGAUUUCUGGUAUGUCCUGCCAGCCAAACUUUUCUCCUACGACAUUACCGCAGCCGAUGCGCCCUUGGGUCAAAAAUGGAUAGUUGAUUAAUGGCCCUAAUGGUUCAGACUUUUAGACAAUAUGAAACUCAUUUGGAUAUGAUCUUCCAAUUGCCUCACUGUAAAAUAUCCGACUCCCAUCUUCUACCAUGCGUAAAAUAUCGCCAGUAGCAAUCGACGUAGCCAUGGUGUUUUCCAUUGCCCGGUCGCGGGCUCCCCGAGACGAAUUUAUCAUUUGUUCAACAGGGUCCCAGAGUGCUUUCGAUACUUUCAGUUGACUAGGAAGUGUCGUGACUAAUGAUUGCAUCAGCACCCAAGCCCACUCGGACAUUGGAGACCAAGGAUUGCCUGUCAAGUAGUUGCUAAUGGUGCCAAUAGAUGACCAAGGGUAGCUGCCGUGCAUUUGCCACCGCCACGAAGACCAGUCUGGGUUGUUAAUCAAUCGUAAACCGCUAUCGAGCACAGCCAAUGAUGAUGCAAAACAAUUGAAGUUUGCAUCUUCGAUGGCGUCAUCGUCCAUACUUGCCUUUGACUGGGCGAGGAAGGACAAAUAGACGGCUUGUUCAACUUUUGCAAGCGAGAACUGGGAUAGCGCGGUUAAGAAGCUGUCAAAGUCUUCCUUCGUUCUAUGUGAAGCGCUGACUUCAAUCGUCCAUUUCGUCUUCUUAAUGAAAUUCAAGUUGCCGCGUAGGUCCUUAGGACAGUGGGAGACUUGUGUCGCCAGGCGCCAAAUUUCACAGCGAGUCUGUAGCAAAUCCAAUACCGAAGUUGCCGUGCCGCCAAAAUCCAUGCCAUGUGCUUUGGGUGUAAUAUGCGAAUUCAAGCUGCAGAUAGAUCGAUAUGCAGUUGGCAGGUAUGCUGUGGCAAGAAAUCGGGAUUGCCACUUGAGGCGACAUACCAGCUCCUGUUCCUUCUCAGAGGAAGCACCCUCGAACGCCAUUACUUGUUGAAGCAGAAUAGCAGAAAGAGGAGGGCCUUUGUCGGAACAUGAACCGUUUGGCAGAGUGGCUAUAUAGAUUGUUGUGGCUUGUAGUAUUGUAACGUUUGUGGCUGUUAGGACCGGAAGAGCCGUCAAGUGCGCGUCAAGUUCGCCGGCCACCUGUGAUAGUAUUUCAUCUGUCUUAGUUGGAAAGAUUGUAUUUAGUUGCUGAGGGGUCAUUGAUGUCAUCGCACCGAACGAUAUAGCUAGAAAAAGAAGACGACCCUCGGUGGUUAAAAGCAUAUCGCCUGUAUGUAUUGCGGCCGCUGUGUCGACCAAGCUGAGAACUUUGACGAAUGGAUCGACAUUGCUGACGAAUAUGUCCCAUAGUUCCACUCGCCUAGAAUUCAGCAUUUCAAUAUAUUCAUGAUCAAUUGGUGAAGUAUGAAGAUAUUGAUGCUUCAGGGAUAUAUCCAGAGAGUUGGCGCUGUUGGUUGAAGGAUCGCCAUCCGACGAUGCCGACUCGUGAAGAGCUUGGAAGAUACUGUCCAC